AUGAUUGAAGCAACAUCGUUCCGCGAUUUGAUUAGCAAAAGUAGUUUAAAUAGUAUUGGAAAGCGAGCUGCUUUUUGUCAAGCUGGUUGCACUGCUUGCUUAUGGGAAGGUGGUUCUACAGGUGGUUUGAACGGCUAUGNUGGUUUUAUUGCUAUGGAGCUAGGAAGUACAUCGUUUAAAGAUCAACUCGUAUAUCUUCAUCAAACGCAUUACAAGUCAAGAAGAACGGGUUAUGAUUACAUUCCAGCUGUUGAAAGAAAAAAUAUUUGGAUUCAAUUAGUUAAUAUUAUCUGGGCACUGCAUCGACAUAAUAUCGUUCAUCGUGAUUUGAAACCAGCGAACUUGGUGUUCUUCGGACCAACAUUGAAACUGAUUGAUUUUGGUAUCGCUCAAGAUGCACAUUCACUAUAUAAUCCACAUCAACGGGGUGGUAGUCAUCCUUAUAGUGCACCUGAAUGCUUUACACGUCAGAUGCCUAUAACAUCAAAAGCUGAUAUAUGGUCUAUUGGUGCGAUUUUGUAUUAUACAACUUACGGAAAGUCACCUGUUCAUGAAAGUCCACGAGCACCGAUGGGUAUUCCGCCCACCCAAUCGAAUCUUGUGCAAAGUGUUCUGUAUCAUAGUCUUCAGCGUAAUCCGUACAGACGAGUGGAUCAUCAUUGGCUUAUUGAACAUCCACUGACGAAAAGUAAUGCGGCGUUUUAA